AUUUAUUUAGACACAACGGAAGGGUCUGUCCGAGCGUGACUGUCAAAUCUACAUAUUCUCUGUUUCUCUCUCUUCUCUCUCAUAAUUCAGAGUCCCUGAGAUUCGAUUCAAUCGCCGAUCUUUUCCAUUCUUCCUCGGGAAUCCCUCUUCGCCUUCUUUCAACCUGCGUCGCCUCCCGGAAUAUAAUGCUCCAGAUUUUCAAGGUGUGGUUGUGAUUUGAUAGGAACUCUCUGAUUUAGAAGAAAAAAAGGAUGGAGGGUGAUACAUUUUCAGGACUAGGGAAUGGUUCCCAGGUAGAUGGCAAGAUCUUGCAGACAUUUCAAAAGAGUUUUGUUCAGGUCCAGAAUAUCUUGGACCAGAAUAGGCUGUUAAUCAAUGAGAUAAACCAGAACCAUGAGUCCAAGAUCCCUGACAACUUGAGCAGAAAUGUUGGUUUAAUCAGGGAGCUCAACAACAACAUAAGGAGAGUGGUUGACCUCUAUGCUGAUCUUUCAAGUUCCUUCACCAAAUCCGUGGAAGCAUCAUCUGAGGGGGAUUCAAGUGGGGUUUUGAAAUCAGAUGGCAAAGCUGGGCACAAGAGAAAACCUGCUUAGGGAGGAAAAACUGGCCCGUUGUCAAUUCUUUUUCAUGGUGCCAGAUGAAGGAUUUCAGAGCUAUAUGGAGUUAGAAGAAGAAAAACAUGGUUAGGUUCUGUAACUUCCCCAUUGUACCAGUGAACUAUCUCUAGUUCUGCACUUACAACUCACAUUUGUUAGAGAAAUAAUUGUCUAAAAUUGCUUUUCUACUUCAUUGUAACUCUCUGUGUAACCCUGGAUCUAAUUGAAAUGAAGCAUGUGUGUUCAUUUCUAGUUUUGCUCCUGUCUUGGUAAUAGAUAAUAAUAAAGGUUCAUUUUUAAU